AUGGAGUUCAGCACAGACAGCACUUCUUCUCAAAAGGAGUCAUUCCAGCCAAAAGACAUGGAGGAAAAUGCCAUGGAAGAAGGACCUAAUGCUAUGGAAGAAGGACCUAAUGCUAUGGAAGAAGGACCUAAUGCCAUGGAUUCCAGCGUAGACAUCCAUUUGCAAGAGGUUUCAUUAUCGCACGGGCCAGAGGACGAAAUUUACGAGGAAAAUUUACCUGUCGUUGAAAGAGAACCUGCUGUUAUGGAGGACACAACUGUCAUGGAGAAGGCGCAUGAACCUUUUGUGACGGAAUGGUCACCUAUCGUCGAAGGGUCACCCACUUUGGAAGGGGAAGAGUCACCCAAGGCGGAAUGGUCACCGAUCUCGGAGAAAGAACCUGUCCUCAAAGAGGAACCUAUCGAGGAAAGAACAUCUCCUUCCAUCGAAACGCCAUACUAUCGCAUCGAUACGCCACCCAUUGCUGAAAAGUCAUCACCCAUCAGAGAAAAGGAACCUGUCAUAGAGGAGCCAACUGUCGCGACAGAGCCAACCGUCGUGGAAAAGCCAUCUGUGCCAUCUGUUGUGGAAAAAACGUCUUCCCUGGGAAAGGCACAUGGUACAGAAAGGACAUCUGUCGUGGAAAAGGAGGCACCGGUGGAAAAGGGGGCAGCUGCAGAAACGAACGCACCCAUCGUGGAGAAGACAUCUGUCAUGCCAAACACUCAUAUCGCGGGGAAAGCACUUCUUAUUGAGAAGAUGUCUGUCAUGAAGGAAACACCUUUCGUCAACAAGGUACACGUACCAAGUACCAUGCAAAAGGUGCCUGUCGUGCUCAAGACAACUGUCUCGAAAAUGGCACCUUUUGUGGAGAAGUUCAAAAAGGAGAUUCGUGCCCUUCAGAACUAUCAGGAAGUCCCGUCAACAGCAGAACCGGCCGCCGCAAUAUCGGUCCUUUUCCUUUUCGCCGUGUACAUGACGCUGUUCACCUUGAUUUUCCGCCUCAAUGCAUCCUCGGUCCUUCUUUUCCUUCCACGGCUCUGA